AUGCUUCUUAUAUUGUUACUAUUGACGAUUGAAUGUUCCGGUAAGAAACAACCAUUAAGAGUGAUUGGAGGAGAAAACACUGAAGAUUAUCCUUAUGUUGUUCGCUUAGAAGUGCAACAUUUAGCAAAUUUUACAAACAACAACACUAUUCUGGCGAAACAUGAUCAUGUAUGUAGUUCAGUUGCACUGUCUUCGACGUGGGCGCUUACAGCCGCGCAUUGUUUGAACGAUUUGAAUUUCUUCUUCAUUGGUUAUCCUUACACACUCGAGAAGCUGAUAGUAAGGCAUGGCCACGUUGAACACUCACCCUGGAUAGAAGGAUCUUUCAGUGACGUAGUAUCAAUGAUUACACAUCCUCUAUUCUCAUAUACAUUCGACGAUUACAACAAAAACCCGAUCAUAAAGAACGACAUAGGUCUGAUGAAAACAACGCCCAUGGAUUUAGAGAACUACAUGAAAUUGAGCGCUGUAGAUUUCUUCUCACUCUACGGACAUGAAGCUAUUUUUGCUGGUUACGGUUUAAUUAUGCAAAAGAGUUCAUCUGGUAGAACAGAAACACAUGAUACUUUAGUGCUUAAGAAGCCGUUGCAAAUACUUAAAGUAUUGAUUUCUAGAUGUUUGAAUAGUGAUUUAUUGGAGCCUGCGUUGUGUUUAGCAUCGAAAUGUGGGCAAGUGGCGACGACUUGUCCUGGAGACACCGGUGGACCCCUCAUACAUCCCUCGGGAAUCGUUGGUAUAUUAGGCAUCAGUGAUCUAUCAAUGUAUUGUUAUGAUAAAACAGUUAAGAGACCAGGAGAUGUCACUGGUAUCGUUGCACCAAUUGGCCCUUACAUUGAAUGGAUAUACGAUCAUAUGUCUACUUGA